GGUGUUGUCACCAGUCUGAAAACUAAGCUUAAUGUCUCCGAUGGCAAACCUGCUUUUACGUAACGGUUCCGGCGACUAGUAUUCUACCUCAUACAGUUUAGGGCUGAGGAACCAACUCUCAAGAUGUGCAUUUUUGGCUGUCCUAUGAGCAAGCAUGAAAACGACACUAACCAAAUCGCAGCAGGGAACCGUUAACGUCAGACGGCAGUGGAUGUAUCCGUUAAGUGUUACUGAGUCAAAAAAAUCUGAUAAUUUCACCAUUACAGACUAAAAAUCUGUAUCUUGUAGACCCCCGGUUUGAGAGGUGUUUUUUUUUCCUAACCGACCGCCGCUCAGUUUCGCAUCUGAUAGGUUUUCAUUCAGGAUCGCAGAAUAUCUAUUUGCACAGUCAUGAUGGAACGCGAGCUGCUAUUUGGAUGGCCUUCCCAGGUGACUGUGCCGACGAGUAGAGACAGCUAAACAACGAUGGCGUAUUAUUUUACCCACGAAAUGAAACUGUUUUUCCAACGGACUGUUCUUUGGGCUACUUCCUGAUGUAACCUAGCGUUGGCAGGAAGAACUGCGAGCCUUGAAAAGAAUACUGACACGUGGAUUAUCAUCACUUCUCUAGCGAGAGCCAGGAAAGAAACAAAACAGUAGAAUCUGUGGAGAUCUGACCAUAUUUACGAGUGCACUUCUCAUCGCACGGCUAUAACAAAAUGGAUAUGCUGUAAUCGAAAGGAAAUGUUACCUCGAUGUCCUCGAGAACCUCAACUACCAGUUCAUUUUUGCUUUUCCUACUCAAUACAUAUAGACUAGCCUGCUACACUGAAUUGUGAAGUGCAGAAGAAAGCUACUUGUAUAUAACGUUAACUCUCUCGUUGAAUGGCAAUUCUGCAAAAACAUGGAAAGAACUCUAGUCCAGAUUUGGUCUGCCUCAAAGAAACCCCCCCAGACAAAACUGGGGUCGCUGGAGGUCAUCAGAAGAAGUGGAGUGAACAAAAUACGAACUGGCCGAGACCGCUGGCGCGCAUAUGGACGGUGGUACUGCUGCUCGGGACAUGUCUGCUGUAUUGUGCCCGCGUGGCAAUGCCCAUUUGUGCUGUCAGCAUGGCUGAGAAGUUCAAAUGGACCAAGAGGGAACAGGGUAUGGUGCUGGGCAGUUUCUUCUGGGGCUACUGCUUCACGCAGGUCCUCGGAGGCUACGUCAGUGACAGGGUCGGAGGCGAGAAGGUGCUCCUGCUGUCCGCGGCGGCUUGGGGAGCGAUGACCGCCUUCACCCCUGUCCUGGCCCACUUCUGCUCCCAGCCCAUCUUCUCCAUGACGCUGGCCCGCUUCCUGAUGGGGCUGCUCCAAGGUGUUCACUACCCAUCCCUCGCCAGUCUGUGUUCUCAAAAGGUGGUGGAGAGCGAACGAGGAUUCCUCAUGAGCACCGUGGGUAGUGGUUCCUAUCUCGGGACUCUGGUGAUCGGGGGGGCCGGUUCCCUCAUGUUGGACCUUUAUGGUUGGGAGAGUGUGUUCUAUCUCUCUGGCUUGCUGUCAGUCCUCUGGGCGUACUGUAUGUGGAAAUACCUGCUCAAAGGGGAAGGUCCUAUCAUCACAUUGGAGUCACUGGGUAAUGGAGGGCCCCAACCCAAACUGACCAAGAGACACUGGCUGCGCCUGUUCAAACAACCUGCCGUCUGUGCUGUUAUUAUUACGCACCUUUGCACUGCGAGCACCUUCUUCACGUUGCUGUCAUGGCUACCUACGUACUUCAAGGACACUUUCCCUGACGCCAAGGGCUGGGUGUUCAAUGUCAUCCCGUGGUUUGUGGCCAUCCCCUCCUCGCUCUUAAGCGGCUGUCUCUCAGACCACCUAAUCAGCCAAGGGUACGACACUGCUGGUGUACGGAAACUAAUGCAGUUCUUCUCCAUGGGUGUGUCCAGUGUGUUUACCCUCCUGCUGUGUGGCACCAACACCUUCCCCACAGCAGUGGCCUUCGUCUCUGCAACCAUGGGCUUCACCACCUUCAGCCACAGCGGUGUCUCAGUGAACGUUCAGGAUCUGGCUCCAUCUUGUGCUGGAGCUCUUUUCGGUGUUAUGAAUACGUGUGGCGCUUUCUCUGGUGUGCUGAUGGUGUAUUUCUCGGGUUAUCUAAUUGAGGCUACGGGGUCUUGGGCGUCUGUCUUUGCUCUGAUCACUGUGGUGAAUCUGGUGGGCCUUGUCACAUUCCUGGCCUUCGCUGAGGCCCGCCGGGUCGACAUCGACACUUCCAAGGCUCGCUACCACAACAUCCACAUCUGAGUUCCAACGGCAAGAUGAGGGACCAGGGCUUCCUGCCAGAAACAGCACCUGUGAAACUCAGGGGCCAAAACGGGACCAAGGCUCACAUAAUCAACAUCUGAGCCCUUGAAGCAGGACCAGAACCCACGGCCGAAGUACCCUAGAAUGCCCACUGGCAUCUUAACUAUAGCUAGAGUUCAUUGACGGGGGGGGGCUGUUAAAAGUAUCAAAACAACCACAUCAGAAUUUUGAGGAAGUGAAACAAGAAGUGAACGAGUUUCGUAUUUGCCUGAUGACUCCAACUGUAUUUGGUCCCCGCUCUAUCGUUCGCCAUCUUAUUAAGUCUCUGAUCGCUUCCAUUGAAAUAGUUUGUGGGGUCAGUGUAGUUUGGUUGUCUACAACCACUAUCAAAGCCAAUGGCAAAUUAGGGAAACGCCAGUUCACCUAGGUGUGCUCUGGUUCUGGCCCAAACCAUUGGUUCCUGGGACAAGUCUGAACCGUUAGAACGUCUACACAUUCUAGAAAUAAUAGGAGAGGGAGUCAGAUACAGACUGAAUAUGGAGAAGAAGCGGGCCUAUCGUUUGUCCUGAGCAAACUCUGAGUAGCCAGGCGACUACACUAUAUGCAUUUAAAGAGCCAUUCCCCUCCUACUUUUUGAAUGUUCUGUACUCUGUUGGUCCUGUUGGGCUGAGCCUGAGAGCAGUAGUCAUGGAAACAGUGAUGACCUCGGUGUCUCCUGGUUCCACAUUCAGGUCUGUGUUUUUGGUGGAUGGAUGUGUGUCUGUGUGUUAGACCCCGGUAUCUGUUUUGACAGUUAUACUUGGAGCAUGUUUCUGCAACUGCUGAGACGGGGCCCCGCUCUGUCGAGAGUAAAAGGACAUCUGGGCGAUCGCUGUCACACACCUGCAGAGUUUUAUCAGUAGAUGAUUCUUCUCGGCCGCCUGUCCUCCGCCCCCGCCCAUCGACUGUGUGAGUGGCGUAUAAUUAGGAGAUGACUAAUCACCCACGCGCCCUCUCUGAUGUACCGUACUGUUUCCCGGGCCGGCGUUUUCAUCGUCAUGGUUACGGCCUUGUCAUCCAGGCAGCGUUCUUUAUUGCAUUUUGUUUCAUCUGGAGAGUUUGCACAGAUACUGUGACCAGGAUGUAUAAGUGGCCUAGAAGGAUUUGUCUGUUGUUAAAUUAAGACCAAAGGUUGUUACUUUUCUUUAUUAUUAUUGACAUAUUUGCGUGAUCUUUGAAAACAAAUACCUCAAUUGCUGAUUUUCGGGAGGAUUUAUUUUAUUUAUUUGAUAACUUCUACAAAUUAUGUGAGCACUUGUUUAAGAGACAAGCAUUGAAAGUAAUAUAAUGUAAGAGCUUAGACGAUGGCGUAAUUUAUUAAUUCAGAUUUUGGCACAUUUGCUGUCAGAAUUUAGUUUUCUUACAGUUUAUGAGGCAAUACAUUUUGUAGAACACUUGUUUUGUUUAGUUAUAUAGAGAUGGAUAGAGAGCUGUUUUUGGAAGUGACUUAUUUCCAUCCAGGCUUCUACCAUUUUAAAGUAGUCAGUUAAGAAGGGGUUCCUAUGGAUUUGGGAGCAAUCACCCAUCAGUCACAGCAUUGGCUUUGAAAAAUGGGGUUGUAUGGUUUUUGAAACAUUAACGCUUUAUCCCCGCAUCAAUUGGCCCCAAAAAAUGCAUUAUAGCAAAAUCUCCUGAAAAUUUAUAUUCCUGAAAACAGGAUAUCUUUACAAAGGACCUGGCCUUAAUGACAGUGCCCAAGCUCUGAGACAUUGUAACAGGACUUAGACUAAGAUGAGUAAUCUGGCUAAGUCAAUGGGUUACUUCAUAGUCUGGACAGGACAUGAGGUCAUAGAUGAAGAAAUCCAACCAUGACUACACUGGCAGCUCAACCAAAAACAUUUUCUAUUAAUUUGUGUUUGAAUCAAUCACAUUAUAUAUAUUUUUGCAGCUGAUAGGUCGAAAGAUCAAUCUGGUAAACAGAAAUGUCAGAAAUGUCUUUAUAAUGAUUUAGAGAUCAGUGUAUUGGGGAGAAAAAUGGGGUUGAAGUAGAAUUCAAAAUGUCUGCCUUUCUAAUUUCAGCCAAUGCGAAUGUGUUACGUAGAGAUGGAAACAUGGCUCAUCUCCGUGCCAUUAUUUCAGCAUGGAACAGCGGCACUAAGGCCAUCUCCAUGUUCAAGUUGUCAGUUUCAGUAUCAUUCUUUGACGGAUGCCUCCCAAUGUCUCAGUUGAAUUUGAUAUUGCAAAACCAUCAGGAUGGACCAGGCAAUGAAAUUUGAAUUUCCACCCACUUGACUACAUUAAAAUGGCGGAUGCCUUUAAUUACAAUGUCCCAGUUAGAAAAUGUUGUCUCCAUGUGAUGUCCUCUGCAUAACACAUCCCAGUAUUAAGCUGACACAGUAGCCUACUCCAAUUUCAUCAUUACAGAUAUACUUUAUUCAUGCUUAAUUGUUUCAAAUACAAUGUUUUUGAUAGAUAUGUUGAUGAGUAAUGGCAAUUACGUGACUGGUUCUGUUUUAUGUUAUU